GUYAAGUGCCUUGCUCAAGGGCACAUCGAGAGACGUUUCACCUUGUUGGCUUGGGUAUUGGAGCCAGAGUAUGUGGUGUGAGUCUGUGGUGAAUGUGGGUGCAUGAGUGUGUAUGCGUGAAUGAGAAGAGUGUAGGUGUGUGUCUGAGUGGUAGAGACCUGUCGUUGASCAUAGAGACAGAGCAGGUAGUCUGUGGGAGUGCAGGGGUAGUAACUAUUCAACAGUCUUAUGGCCCGUGGAAAGAAGCUGUCUCGGAGCCUGUUGGUCCGAGACCCGAUGCUCUAGCACCRCCUACUGGACGGGAGCAAGGAAAACAGCCCAUGGCUCAGUUUGUCAAUAAGGUUGCUGCAUAACAAAAACAAUUUGAACAGGAUACAGUAUGGCUAGCAGCGGCAGCAGAAGACGUCGAUACCUUUGUGAUGUYGGGGAUGACCAUGACUGCAUUGAGGUGAAAUGUCCCAAGAAGUCUUUGCAGAAAGUCAAGUGGUCGAGGGAAGAGGAUGAGAGGCUGAAGAGGCUUGUGGAUGAACACGGAGCAGAUGAUUGGAAUGUGAUCGCAGAUAAUUUCAAGAAAAGGUCUGAGUCUCAGUGUCAGCACCGAUGGCAAAAGGUGCUCAACCCAGAGCUGGUGAAAGGGCCAUGGACCAAGGAGGAGGAUGAGAGGGUCAUCGAGUUGGUGCACAGGUAUGGCCCCAAGCGCUGGUCCAUCAUUGCCAAGCAUCUGCACGGGCGUAUCGGCAAGCAGUGCCGGGAGCGCUGGCACAACCACCUUAACCCUGAGGUGAAGAAGUCGUGCUGGACUCAGGAGGAGGAUCGGAUCAUAUACGCUGCUCACAAACGUAUCGGGAACCGCUGGGCUGAGAUAGCCAAGCUGCUGCCUGGCAGGACAGAUAACUCUAUAAAGAAUCACUGGAACUCGACCAUGCUUAGGAAGGUGGAGCAUGAGGGCUAUCUGCAGGACGUCCCGACUCGGGUGCACAAGACCAAGGCUUCCAUCAAGAAAAGAACCAAGUCUUCCGGCUCCUCCUGGCGGAGACAGAAUCACUAUUUCAUGACUAUCCCUACAAAGAUUUCAGGAUAUUCCCUUGGCUUGUUGAAUGGCCAGUACAUGGACAGUGUUCCUGAAACCUCUUUCUUUGUCCCGAACACAGAAGGCCACUACUCCAGCUGGUCCAGCAGCCUGACAGACGACGGUCUGACCAACACGACCCUGAGCAGCUUGGGGAACCAGAGUAUGGAGGGCCGUGGUUCGGCUGUCUACACUCCUGUGUCUCCCAGCAGGUUCCUGGCCGUGGAGGCAAGCGCUGUCCUCUCCUCCCUACAAACCAUCCCCGAGUUCGCAGAGACUCUGGAGCUCAUAGACUCGGACCCAGUGGCUUGGAGCGAGGUGACCAGUUUCAGCUUGAAGGAAAUGAGCUCGCCCCUGAAACAGGAAGUGAUGUUGUCUGUCUCUCAAGWGGGGAUGCCAGAAGGAGCUAGCUACCAUUUUGAGGACUCAGUCAUAAUGGACCUGAGUGAGAAAUACACUGAACUGAUGCCUGCCUCUUCACCCACCGUGACUAAGCUGAGCACACCUCCCUCCAUCCUGAAGAGGAGGGAGAGGGGGGAGCAGUACCCUGCCAGUCAGUGUCACAGUACCUCCUUUUUGAACAACAGCACCACCUCACCUAGCAUCACUCAUGUCAAAGCACUGCCAUUCUCUCCCUCCCAGUUUUUCAACGUGUCUGGAGUUGAGGAUUUGACUCUAGAAAACCCAGCUCUGACGUCCACCCCAGUGUGCGGUCACCAACGUGCCAACACCACCCCCCUCCAGAAGGAGUUAACAACCAAGUAUCAGAAGGAGAAUGCUGGGUUCAGGACCCCCAAGGUUCGUAAAGCCAUCAUGUUUCCCAUGCCACUAACUCCAACACCAUUCAAGACUGUCACGGCCACCCAAGAGAAGAUGCAGGCCCAGCUGAAAAUGAUGAUGCAGCAGCCCCAGUCCCUGGCCUACCUGGAGGAAGAGGUGCUUAGAGUGGAAAACAAGGUUGAUAUGUUAAUUCAUGCAGAAACACAGGCUGACUUCUGCUCAUCCUGGAAACAUGAGGUUGCUCCAUCGUCCAGGAGUGUUAGGAAAUCCCUGGCUGCGGAACCCUGGAAUAAGGACUGCCACAGUGCUCAACUCUAUUUCCAAGAAGACUUCAACAAUGCACAGAUCCAUGGGGAGAGCCUGCUGACCAGCGCCCCCCUGAGGUCGUCCAUGCUGGGCUGUGAGGAGCUGGUGUACUCGCCAGCCCCUGGAGUAGGACCAGGGAGAGAGGAGCCAUGCUGUUACCUGACCCACCACASCCUCACCAUCGCACCGAGGAGAGACGACAACUGUGAGUGGGAUGCUGUGGUAUUUGGGAAGACUGAUGAUCAGAUGAUCGUAGCUGAGCAGGCCAGACAGUUCCUCAGCUCCCAGACACCUGGCUGUGCCUCCAGAACCUUGGUACUCUGACAGGACCUCAACACUACUUAGGCUGUGUUUAGACAUUCAGCCCAAUUCUGAUUUUGUUUGCCACUAAUUGGUCCUUUGACCAAUCMGAUUUUUUGCCAGUAAUUGGGCAAAAGAUCAGAAUUGUGCUUCCUGUGUAAGUACAGCUUUAGUAGCUAACAGUUAGCCUCAUCCUACUGUAUGUGCUUUCUGGCUUGACACUGACGAUAGGAGUUGGCAAGAGAGCACAAACAGACCUGGGCCAGGCUCRCUAACAGUCACUAAGAUAGUUUUUACCCAGAAGUAUGCUAAUACUAGACAAUUUUACUAUAGGUAGGAAAAAUCCUAUUACCUAAUUUUAUUUUUUGUCCAUGGAUUCACACAAAACAACCACCUGUGAUUUUUUUAUUUGUCUAUUUUCAAUUACAGGUUGAUAGGRAAAUGAUUUAACAACAUGUAGCCGAUUAACCAUACUGGUAGCAGUUCAUUGAAGUUAUUUUGUAUUGAAUAACCUUAUUAAAGACCAUAACUCUGUUGAUUUUGCACUAUAAAAAGUGUUGUAUGUGUUGUAUACUCUAGCAAGAGAAAGGUGGAGGCAUUUAAUGAGUGUUUUCUGCGUUGAAGGUGCAGAGAAAUUGGAAUCUGUAACUUUUUGUAAUUUAUUGUGCAGAAGCCUUUGAAGCUUUUCUCAUCAAAAAUAAUAUUGAUAUUGUUGAUAUUGAUAUCUGAUGGUGUUAAUGCUGUUUUACCGCUAAACAAAACCCCCAACUGAAUGGAAUUUUUUAACACUUCAUCAGUGAAUCAUGUUAGAUACUGAAAGUACUUUUCAAAACUUAUAAAGAAAUGUACUGUUACUUCUUUGCACAGACUGUAAACAUGUUCUAAUUAUUUUGAAUUGGACAAUAGCUUGUGUUUCUAAUCUCUCUCCCUGGAGAUGAAAGCAUUGAAAAAUUCWCAGAACACAUCCUGCCCCAUAUUCACAUUUUGUCCCAUAUUAUUACAAACACAGUUUACAGCCUUCCACCUCAGAUAUCUAUGCAGAAGCAAAUUGCACUUAUUGUUUUCAACAUUUGUGUAUUCCUUUGGAUGUAGCAUACACAUUUUGUUAUAAUUUAAUGUACUGUUAUUGUUACCAGAAGGGUGAUGGAGUUGGGCUUUGUGGCAUGGUACUGUGUGCAUAUUCUGCUGCUACUGAGACAAAGCAGGUCAUGCACGUCUGAGGGUCAGAAGCCAUUGGAGAAACACUGCCUGGGACAAACAUACUUUAAUAAACAUUUUGGCAGUUGGUUGGUGUACAUAAGUUAAAGUACUUGCUCCUUGGGUGUCCAAAGAGUUUGUUUUAUGUAUUAGGAUUUCACUUACUGGUAACUCAAAUUGUAAAUGUAUAGGUAUGUAAACUGAUUCCUUUCUUAGCAAGGUUUUAAACAUGGAUUUUAAUUUGAAAUCAUAAAACAGUAUGUAGAAAGUUCUGUAAGGCAUUUUAAGAAAGUCAAGUGUUGAUCUACAGUAUUUGAUUCUGAAGCGUAGUGUGUUAGUUUUACCCUACAUUAAGAAGUAUUUUAUCAACCUGUGCUAGCUAUAGGUAAUAGAUCCAGCUAAAUAUCAAAUAGGUUUCAGUUGAUAGGAGUACUAGGGCAACUGAAGGAUAUUCCAAUCAAAGUUAAUUUCAAGUGUACUGCAUCUUUGUGUAAAGAUUUAUUGUAAUAUGAUWUAACAUUUUGUUUACCUGUAAUAUAGUUUAUUUUUUAAACCUGUUCCUAAUUCUAGGUUUGGAGGGAAAAAGGUACAUGUAGCACUUUGGUCUUUCUAUAAAAUAGAAAUUAUACACAUUUGUUUUUCAGUUUUUAUAUGACACAUUGUUUAUGUCACCUGUGUAUAGAGUCACUGCCAACUCGUGCACAUGUACCUCGGUUUGGUAAUAAUAAAACGUUAAAACUAUUAGCUUGUGUUGCAGUAAGUUCCCACUAGAGGAGUGUGUU